GCCGCCGCCCCCCCCCCCGGGGCGCAGCUCAGGGCUGAGAACUGGGGGUGAAGCUGUGGCCCCACAGCAGAGCAGACCCCGGCUCCUGCCCCAGGACCAUGAUCCCUACCAAGGAGAAGGCCAGGGCUCCCAAGGACAGCAUGACGCUCCUGCCCUGCUUCUACUUCGUGGAGCUGCCCAUCGUGGCCUCCUCCAUCGUGACGCUCUAUUUCCUGGAGCUGACCGACCUCUUCAAGCCGGCCAAGGUGGGAUUCCAGUGCUACGACCGCGCGCUCUCCAUGCCCUAUGUGGAGACCAACGAGGAGCUCAUCCCCCUGCUCAUGCUGCUCAGCCUGGCCUUCGCCGCGCCGGCCGCCUCGAUCAUGGUUGGGGAGGGCAUCGUGUACUGCCUGCAGUCCCGGCUGAAGGGCCGCGCCGGUGCCGAGGGCAGCAUUAACGCCGGCGGCUGCAACUUCAACUCCUUCCUGCGCCGCACCGUAAGGUUUGUGGGCGUCCACGUGUUCGGGCUCUGUGCCACGGCGCUGGUGACAGAUGUCAUCCAAUUGGCCACCGGCUACCACGCUCCCUUCUUCCUGACCGUCUGCAAGCCCAACUACACGCUGCUGGGCACCCCUUGCGAUGCCAACCCCUACAUCACCCAGGACAUCUGCUCGGGCACGGACAAACACGCCAUCCUCUCUGCCAGGAAAACCUUCCCAUCCCAACACGCAACGCUCUCCGCAUUCGCUGCCGUCUAUGUGUCGAUGUAUUUCAAUUCCAUCAUCUCGGACAGCACCAAACUCCUCAAGCCCAUCCUGGUCUUUGCCUUCGCCAUCGCCGCCGGCAUCUGCGGCCUGACCCAGAUCACCCAGUACCGCAGCCACCCGGCUGACGUCUACGUGGGCUUCCUCAUCGGCUCCGGCAUCGCUGCCUACCUGGCGUUCCACGCUGUCGGCAACUUCCGCGCCCCGACCGAGAGGGUCCCGGUGCCGGCGCCGGCCAAGGAUGCUCUGCGGGCGCUGACGCAGCGGGGCCACGACUCCGUGUACCAGCAGAACAAGUCGGUGAGCACUGACGAGCUGAACCCGCAGGCGCGGCUGGAGGAGGCUGCGCGCCCGGUGCCGAGGGAGAAGAACUCUCUGGGUAGCCUGAAGCGGGCGAGCGUGGACGUGGACCUGCUGGCCCCUCGCAGCCCCAUGGGCAAGGAGAACAUGGUGACCUUCAGCAACACCCUGCCGCGCGUCAACACGCCGUCCAUGGACGACCCCGCGCGCCGCCACAUGACCAUCCACGUCCCUGUGGAUGCCUCCCGCUCCAAGCAGCUCAUCACCGAGUGGAAGCAGAAGUCUCUGGAGGGCCGGAGCAUGACGCUGGCGGAGGAGGCGGCGCAGGGCCGGGGCGCCGGGGACGCGGCUGAGGAGGUGCCCCCGUCGCUGUACCCCACGGUGCAGGCGCGCGCGGCCGAGCGGGUGGCCGUGGGGCCCCGUGUCCUCAUCCAGCCCCGUGCAGGCGCCUCGCAGCUCGUGCACAUCCCCGAGGAGACCCAGGCGGGCGCCGGCGCCGGGGGCGGUGCAGCCGCCAGGGCCAAGUGGGUGAUGGUGGCAGAGAAAGGGGGUGCGCAGCGUGUGGCCAACCCCCCCCGCCUCAUGCAGGUCAUCGCCAUGUCCAAGCAGCAGGGCAUGGUCUCCGUCACCCCCAAGCACUCGGAGACGUCGUCGUCCUCCACCAGCUCCGACUCCUCGCAGUACCGCUCGCCCUCGGAGCGGGACAGCUCCAGCAUCAUCACCAUCGACGCCCAUGCCCCACAUCACCCUGUCGUCCAUCUCUCCGCCGGCAACGGGCCCUGGGAGUGGAAAUCGGGGCCGAAGGGGCCGGAAGGGCCGGAUGCCUACGAGCUGGGCGAGGUGGGGAAGGAAUUCCGUGGCUUCCACCCGGCCAAGAGCGCUGGGGUCUCACCAGGCUCCUCCAUCAGCGACAUGGAGCAGGACGAGCCGCGCUACGGCAGCCUGGCCGCCAUCGCUGGCGGGGGGGACACCGAGGGGCUGCCGGGCACCGCCAGCCGCGAGUCCACGCUGCGGAGGAAGCCGGCGGAGAGGGAGGCGCAGGGGGACAGCGAAGGGGACCACUACUACAAGAAGAUGCAAGCCGGGCGCAGGUUUAAGGACUGAGCCCCCCCACGCAGGGGGCUCCCCCCUUCCUGGUGGGGGGAAUCAGGAUGGGGGCUCUGUGGCAUCGGCGUGAUGGAGCAGCGCAAGGAUACGGUCGAGCACGGUCACACCGGACCCUGAGCCAGCCGGGAUGUGCGGGCACUGGGGAGGCUCAGGGGGGGUCUGCCCCCCCCCCCCUCCCCUCAUGGUUGGGCAGCUCUGAGCACUUUGGACUUUCUUCUUCUCUCUAACAUGGUGCUGAUGUUUUGGAGGGGUCAUAAUUUAUUCCAGCUCUG